UAUUCUAAGAUCAGUACUACCUAGCACAUAUAGUACUGCCAUCGAUGAUGAUGAUGAUUAAGGUGAAGGACACGAGUAUCGUGAAGCCAGCGGAGAAGACUCCACGGCGGCGGCUUUGGCUGUCCAUUUUGGACUUGAUGAACAACCCUAAUCACAAUCCAGUCGUCUACUUCUACAGAUCGAAUGGAGCUACCAACUUUUUUGAUGCCAAUAUUCUCAAACAAGCUCUUAGUAAGGUCCUCGUUCCAUUCUAUCCCUUGGCGGGUCGGUUAGGGCUCGACGGGGGUGGUCGGACUGAGAUCGAUUGUAACGAAGAAGGUGUCCUUUUCGUCACGGCGGAGACCACCGCUGUCAUCGAUGACUUUGGAGAUUUUGCUCCCACGCCUGAGCUCCGGAGGCUCACUCCAUCCGUUGACUACUCUCUUGGGAUCUCUUCUUAUCCCUUACUCUUGGUGCAGGUUACUCACUUUAAAUGCGGUGGAGUGUCACUUGGUAUUGGUGGUGACCAUCAUGUGCUAGAUGGACCUUCUGCUUUUCACUUUAUUGAAUCAUGGUCUAAAAUUGCGUGUGGUCUCGACAUUACUAUUCAACCAUUUUUAGAUCGAACACUACUUCAACCUCGAAACCCACCUCAGCCUUUAUUUCAACAUAUUGAAUACCAACCUCAUAAUCAACAAGACGCUACUAAGGUUGACACUAAAGUUGCCACUUUUAAAAUCACCAAAGAGCAACUAAACACCCUGAAAACCAAGACCAUAAUAAGCAUGGAAAAUGGUAAUAAUAAUAUAAUCAAAUUCUUCAGCACGUAUGAGAUUUUAGCAGCUCAUGUUUGGAAAUGUGUUUGCCAAGCACGUGAGCAACCUGACGAUCAACAGACCACCUUAUACUUCCCUGUCAAUGGUAGAUUCUCCAAUAGAUUGCUUCCUCAACUUCCACCUGGUUACUUUGGUAAUGUGAUUUUUCCAGCUACACCAACGGUUAGGGUAGGUGAUCUCAAAACCAAACCACUAUCCUAUGCUGUAACCUGCAUCCAUGAAGAUUUGAAGAAAAUGGACAAUGAUUACUUAAGAUCGAGUAUUGACUAUUUGGAGCUUCAGUCUGAUGUGUCCUCCCUUAGGCGUGGGGCCCACACUUACAGGAAUCCAAAUUUCGGGAUUACUAGUUGGGUUAGGCUGCUAAGCUACGAGGUUGAUUUUGGAUGGGGUCAACCAAUUUACAUAGGACCUGGUGGCAUUUUAUACGAGGGAAAAUCAUAUGUUUUACCCAGUCCUACUAACGAUGGGAGUUUAUUGGUGGGCAUAUCUUGUGAACCACAACACAUCAAAGCGUUUGAGACUUUGUUUUAUCAAAUAUGAUGAUGUGAAUAAACUUAAUAAGAGCUACUUUAUGAUCAUCUUUGUCGCUAUAUAUAUAUAUGGUUUACGAUAUGUACUAUACAUAUAUAGCUGAACUAUGUUUAAUUAGAGUGUUAUUUUGUUGUUAUUUAUCAUUGAACAUUUUUAAUGAAGUGUUAUAAAAGUGGUUAUUGUAAUA